UCGGGCUAUAAAGGCGGCGGUGGGGCUCCUGCGCAGAUUGACCCGGAUUCGACCUGUGACGAUUGCAUGCCAGACCCCGCUCGACCCCGCAUCCCUUGGUCGGGACACUGCUUGCCGCAGCCUGUGACACCUCGCGUCCCCGAGCCCCACGCCUGAGGGCGACAUGAACGCGCCGGCCUUGCGAGACCUCCGGACCCACGACCGCGACCGCUUCUGGCAGCCCGAACCGGCGCUCCUGCCCCCGGGGUGACGCGCAGCCCGCCGCCCAGACACAUGGCCCCAAGCCCAAGACCCCAGCAUACCCUGCACUGGAGGGAUGCUCACUCCUUCUACCUCCUGUCUCCACUGAUGGGCUUCCUCAGCCGGGCUUGGAGCCGCCUGAGGGGCCCAGAAACCCCAGAGCCCUGGCUGGCAGAAACACUAACAGCAGCAGAGCAGACAGAAGCUAAGACUCUGCUGACCCCACCCCUCGUCCCUGGGAACCACCUUCCUCGGCGGGAGGCCGAAGAAACUGGAGCUCCUCAAGAGGGUAAAGCAGCCCAGGGGCCCUGCCUUGAUGUGCAAGCCAGCAGUUCCCCUCCUGAAACUUGGGGGCUUUCAGAUGGUGAACACUGUGAGAAGCAAGAACAGGAUGGCCCUAGAGAGCAGGAGAGGGAACACACAGCAGCCCUGCCUGUGCUGCCGCCUAGCCUGCAAGGUGCCGAUAAGAGCCUUGGGGAGGUGGGGGCCGGAGGAGAGGCAGUGACUGAGCUGGCUUAUCCCACUUCACACUGGGAGGGCUGUCCCGCUGAGGAUGAAGAGGAUGGUGAAACUGCGAAGAAGGCUUACCUAAUUCCAAGACACAAGCCCAGCACUUCUGAGUAUUGCCCAGGGGAGGCAGGACCUCAAGCCACGGAGGGAAAAGGAACAGAAGAUAAAGCUGACCCGCCCAGCUCUCCUUUAGGCUCCCACUCCGGAGUCUGGGAGUUCCACUCUGGAGAGGGCUCUAAGCAGGAGGGAGAAGCCGACCCAGAGGCACACAGGGCAGGGCAGGAUCAGCCUUGUCAGAAUGCAGACGCUGAGGAAGAGGGAAACCCUGAGGCUUCAUCUUUGUCUGUCUGUAGUGGGAAGGCCUUCCUGAAGUCCUGGGUGUACUGCCCAGGAGAAGACACCGAGGACGAAGACAGUGAUUGGGGGUCAGCUGGAGAAGAGGAAGAAGGCCAGGCCUUGUCUUCCCCUACCUCUCCUGCACAUGCCUUCCUUAAUACCUGGAUGUGUCGACCAGGAGAGGACACAGAGGAUGAGGAUGACAGUGAUUGGGGGUCAGCUGGAGAAGAGGAAGAAGGCCAGGCCUUGUCUUCCCCUACCUCUCCUGCACAUGCCUUCCUUAAUACCUGGGUGUGUCGACCAGGAGAGGACACAGAGGAUGAGGAUGACAGUGACUGGGGGUCAGCUGGAGAAGACAGUGUAGUUCAGACCUGUGCCACCCCCCAUACAAGUGCCUUUCUGAAGGCCUGGGUGUACUGCCCAGGAGAGGACACGGAAGAUGACUCGGAGAGUGUGGUUCCAGAUGAUUCAGAAGCAGCUGCCCCAGGCAGGAGUCCUUGCCUUCAGGCCCAGGGUUGUCAACCUGGAGAACAGACACAGGGAUGUGUGGGAGCAGACCCCUCUUUCUUUCAGGUGGCCUUCUAUUUACCUGGAGAGAAGCCAGCACCACCUUGGCCUGAACCUAAACUGCCCCUUCGACUGCAAAGGAGACUCAGGUUGUUCAGAACCCCCACCCGGGAUCAGGACCCCGAGACUCCUCUACACACCAGAAAGGUGCGCUUUUCUGAGAGAGUCACCAUCCAUUUCCUUGCUGUCUGGGCAGGACCAGCCCAGGCUGCCCGCCGAGGUCCCUGGGAGCAGCUCGCACGAGAUCGGAGCCGCUUUGCCCGCCGCAUUGCCCAGGUGGAGGAGAAGCUGGGUCCUUACCUCACCCCUGCCUUCCGGGCCAGAGCCUGGGCACGCCUUGGAAACCCACCCCUCCCACAGGCCUUCACCCCAGCUCCUCCACAGCCCGGGCCUCGCUCCUCCUCUGAGGCCACGCCCUUGAGCCAAGCUGUGACCACACCCUCUGCCCUUCCCAGUGAGGCCCCUCCUGCCAGCCUGGACUUCGGUGGAAGGCGUGGCUAACCCCAAGUAGUUUCCUGUUAUUUAUUUAUUUUUAAUAAGAAAUAAAGCCUUUUGAUUUAUAGUGAUCAAA